CCACUUCGGACUGAGACAUAUUCGUACGGUAUUCAGUCGUUAAACUUUUCAACAGGCUAACAAUAAGUAGAUGUAUUGAAUCGAUCCCCCUAUUGCCAUCUUGAUGAUAAGGAAGAACAUUCAACCGAGGACACACAGCGAAUAACGCUACAGAAUGAUACACAUACUCUCAGGGUUUUGAUGUACAUCUUCCCUCGUCAAUUUAGGCUUCACAAUGUUUUCACGUCUGAGGUCAAUUUCAAAGAGACGUCUCAGCGGCUCAAAGACUAUACUCUACGGGAAGAGGAGAUUUUUGAAAAGUUCGGCCGGCUUAAUGAGCCGACUACUCGAAUCCGUACGCCCAAACGAUUAAGAGGCACUGCCAUAGAGUUAGUACGAAAAUUACAGAUUCUACAUCAACGCUGCUCAUACUCAAAGCUUCUGCAAUAUUACUGUCCUCUUCAUGCUUCACUCGACCGUAGAGAAUUGGAGCCAACUGAGGUUUCCAAUACUCGUAAACUGUCGCGCAAAGUAGGCGUUUUGCGGACAAAGCCCGCACUACCAUCACAGGCUCCAAUACAGAGUGACCCGACGUCAUCUGUUUUUGAUCUGGAAACGCCGCCGGCGAAAAUAUCUGCCUUCUGCCAGGCAGUCUUAAAAAAGAUCGUGCCAAAUCAGUUUUGGGGCAGUGGAUCCGUUGCCGAGCAUAACGAGACAAUGUUUCUGAAGAAAGUAAAUCACUUCAUAUUGUUAAGACGCUUUGAAAUUGACCGAGAUAGACUGGCUUGCACCACCUUGGCUCAGGUCGAAUAAAACCUCUCAGACGGAUAUUAAAAAGCGUCAUGAACUUUUCGUUGAGUUCCUAUACUUCCUGAUUGACUCUCUGCUAAUCCCACUCAUACGUAGUAAUUUCUACGUUACGGAGUCAAACGCCCAUAAAUAUCGGUUAUUCUUCUUUCGUCACGAUGUUUGGCGCUAUGUUGCGGAACCUGCGAUGGCUUCGCUCAAAAGCAAAAUGUUUUCUGAAGUCAACCUU